AUGAUUAUUGAGAAAAGAGAGCAUCGUCAGAGGAUGGAAAUGUCUCCACCUGUAAAAGAUUUAAUUGAUAAAUUAAUAAAUAGUAAUGAUGAAGAAUUUUCUAAACUACUACUGGCAAAUAUCAAAUGGAAUAGAGUUAGAGGUGAUUUAUUACAUUGGAUUCCUAUUUUGAAUAAAAUCGAUGAUAUAUUUGCAAAAUAUAUAAAAGAAUAUGAUUUAGAAAAUGAAUAUCCAAAAUUACAAAUCAUACCAAAGGAAGAUACAAGUAAAUUAGUAACAUGUUUGGAAUUUACAAAUACUUUAUUGAAUAACUGUUCCGAUAAACAAAUUUAUUCCAGUUCUGAAAGAAUAUAUGCAUUAAUAAAUACACCUACUAUUGAUAUAAGGCUAAAAGCUUUAGAAGUAGCAGUUAUAAUUAGUGAAAAAUUUGUAACUUCAGGUUCUUCAAGAUUUUCAGCUCCAAAAAAUGUAAGAAACAAGAUACUUGAAAUAGCAAAAUCAUUCCCUCCAUUGGUACCAACAGAUUGUACUUCAAGACAAUAUAAUGAAACAAUACAAGAUGGAAGAUCAAGUGUAAUAGGUGAUCAUUUUAAUUUUACAGAUUUAUUAAAACCAAAUAAAAUUAUUCCGGAAAGAUGGAAAAGUAUAAAUUUUCAAUAUUACAAAUCUGUACCACAACAGAAUUCUAAAUCCAAUGACUCAACGAUUUCUGAAGGACUUCAAGUAUUUACAAUUCCCGAGGAAUCAGUGGCAAAAAAAUCCUUAGAUCAACUAUUCACAAAAGGUAUGGAAAUAUUACCAAAAAAUUCUUGGUUUGCUUAUUCAUUAGCUGUUGAAGUUUCAAAAAGUUUCCAAUCAAAUUCUGAAUCAAUAAAAUUAAGAGAAAAAUUAAUACAAAUAAAAUGUUUUGCAACUGGAUUUUCAUGUUGUAUGUUAUCAAAUCAAAAUACAUCAUCAAAAUUAUUAGAAGCUGAACCAUAUAUUUUAAGCUUUUUAGUAGAUACAAUUCUGCCUGAUAAUGAAUGGUUUGUCCCUAAUGCAGUUUUUUUUUCAGCUAUGAAAGCGUUAGAAUGCAUUUCAAUGAAAAAAAUUUGGGGUAGUGAUAUUUUACGAUGUAUGAAUGGGAAUGUUAGUCAUGGAGUUUUAUAUCAGUGUUUAAGACGUAUAUUAGUUAAAAUAACUACAGAAGAUCCUAAUUAUAAUGAAGAAGCAUAUAUUUUAUUUUUUAAUAUGCUUGGAAAUAUGAUAACAACAAAAAGUUUACUACCUCGUUUAACAUCAGGUGGUUUAUUAAAUGAUUUAAUACCAUUUUUGAAAAUUAGAUCAAAAUAUAAAUGGACUUGUUCAGCAGCUAUUCAUCUGUUAUCAUUAUAUCUUUCAGCAGAACCUGAAUCAUUAGAUGAAUUUAUUUCAAAUAAUGGAUUUACACUUUUAAUUGAUGCAAUAAAUGAUGAAGUUAUGUUUACACUUGCAAAUGUUGAAUUAUCACAACCAAAUUAUGGAGAAAUAGCUCCAUAUUCAAAAAUGCCAUUAAGAAGAAUGAAUUAUUUAAAAAAUUUAAUGAAAGUUGUUGCAGAUUUAUUAAAUUCUGAUAGAGGUGAUAGACUUCGAAAUUUAUUUGAUUCUCCAUUACUUUUAAAUUUUAAUCAAAUUAUUUUAAAUCCAAAAAUUUUUGGUCCUCAAGUUUUAGCAUAUACUAUUGAUUCAGUAUUUUAUAUAAUUCAUAAUGAACCUACUGCUUUUUCAAUUUUAAAUGAAGCAGGCGUUGUAGAUGCUGUAUUGAACAACUACAAAGAUUUAUUUUUACCAUUUGGUCCAUUAUUAAUAUCAUUACCAGAAGUUAUUGGAGCAAUUUGUUUAAAUAAUCAAGGUCUUGAUAAAGUUAUUGAAAAACAAAUUAUAAAAAUCUUUUUUGAAACAUUUUUUGAUUUAUCAUUAGCUAAAAUUUUGGUGAAAUCAGAUAUGGCUACAAAUUUAGGUUGUUCAUUUGAUGAAUUAGGAAGACAUUAUCCAAGAUUAAAACCUUUUAUUUUAUCUAAUAUUGAAGAAUUAUUAAAGAAAUUACAAACUUAUAUUAAAGAUAAUAUGAAGGGAGUUAAGUUUUAUGAAGGAAGAGAUCAGUUUUAUUAUGGAAAGAAUAAUGAUAUUUUAAGUAAAGAUGGUGAAGAAAUAGAAAGUUGGGAAAAUCAAGAUUGUUCCUUUGUGGUUGAUAAUGUUUAUCUUUUUCUUGGUGGUUUAUUACAAGAUAGUGGUCAAUGGGGUUCAGAUGUUGUUGAACUUAUUGAUUUUGAUAUAUGGCUUGGAUUUUUAACUUUAGAUGUUCCAUAUGAUUAUUUUUUAUCCAAUGGUAUAACAUCAUUAAUGGGAAUACUAAAGUAUUUUGAUGAUGAAAAUAGAGAUUAUGGGUUCCCCAAAGUAAUGAAUCAACUUAGAGAUACAUUUAGGAAUCGUAUUCUUUUAAAUUAUGUUCGAUGUCAAUCUGAUGAGUCAUUCUUUAAUCAAAUCACUAUAUCAGAAGCUAAUGAAUUAUUAAAAGUUUUAAACAAGGUUAACGUUUUAUUAUUCACUUUAACUGAGAUAUAUAUGAACUUGGGCUUGUUAUUUAAUGACAGAAUAAUUCAAAUAUUAGAGCAAUUUAAUUAUGACGAUUUCACAAAAGCACUUUACCAGCUUCUAGAAAGAAGUAUCAUUGAAGAAACAAUAAUCAGAAAUAAUACCCCAGAUAAAGUUUUGAAACUUACUUCAAAUUUUCCAAAUGAUAGUCCACCUUUGCAAUUACAUAUCGAAGGUUUUGAAGACACAAAACCUGACACUUCAUUUACAAAUCCUCAAUUUAAAAAUAAUUUACAAUUACGUACAUUUAAUUAUUUUUUCCAAGGUUAUAUUGCAUUGAUUUUUGCAACUGCUGUACGAGCAUGUGUACCAAAAAGAACUGAUUUUAUGAAUAGUCUUUCAAAAAAGUUUGCAGUAAGUUUUCUUCUUGAGCUUGCUGAGUUUAUGGAAAUGUCAUACGAUCGGAAAUUAGAGAAUAAGUAUAACUAUCAUUGUUAUGUAAUGGCUAUUUCAAAUGUUAAUUUAUACAUUUUGAGCCAAAAGGAAAGAAACAAAGAUAAUGUUUUCACACCUUUAGCUAUGGCUUUAUUUCAGAAAUCAUUUUAUAAAAAAUUAAUUGAUGUGACUGUCGAUUUGGUAAAAGAUUUGGUUGAAUUUGAUCCAAAACAAGUUCAAGAAACUGCAGAAUUAAAAUAUAUAAAUUCACUGCCUGUUAGUAUUUUAAAAAAUGCAAUAAGUCAAAAUAUGAUGAUAUUUGCUAGAUCAGUUAAUGCAGAAGAUUUUAGUAAUUUUCCUUUUGUGAAAGGUUAUUUUUCAAACGGAUAUGGAGUUAAUAUAGAAGCUGAAGUUAUUUCAGCAACUUUACUACAAAUUAGGGAUGUAAUACUUCAAUUAGUUGUAGAAUUAACAAAUUUAAUUACAAAAUCUAAAGCCGAAGGUUUGGAAGUGAAAAAUAUACCAACUCCAAUAAUCGAACAAUUAAUAUUCAUUGCAUCAAACAUUUAUAGUUCCAAAAGAGAAAUCCCAUCGGAAUUUGUUCCUUUAGAUGAAGAAUACUUAUUCCCACCAGAAGAACAAGUUGCUUUUCUUAUUUCAUUAGGAAUGUCGGAAUCUCAGGCGGAACAUUAUUUUGAACAUGAGAAUGAUUUGUCAAAUUUAAUCAAAGGUAAAGCAUUAUCUUGUCCAGAAUUUAAUGAAUAUACAAAAGAUGAUUGGAAUAGUUGGGCUCAAAUAGCAAAAGAAGAAGAAUUUGAUUUCAAUUUUUCCUUUCCUGAAUUUAAAAAGAGAAAAGAAAUUUUGCUACAAAGAGACCAAAGUUGGUCAGAUCAAACCUGGCUCCUUAUUGCAUAUACAUAUCCAAAAACAACUCAUUUGAUUGCUGAUUUAUUUUUAACUUUACACAAGGGAGAAAUAAUUGGUGGUUUGAUUGAUGCAGUGUCUAGUCAAACUGAUCAAUUGAAACCUGAAAAUUAUAGUGUUCAGGUACAUUUAAUAUCAUUACUUCUUCAAGAUGAUGAGGUCAGAAAACAAGGUGCUUUGAAAGAUGUUGGUAAAGUGUAUGAAGGUGAUAUAAUAAGCGAAUCUUACGUUGAUGAUUCAUAUUUUCAAUAUAUUAUGUCCAUUGUUGAGCAAAAAUUAAUAGCAGAAGAUGUUUUUGUUCCAAAAGUUUCAAAACAUGAGGACAUAAACUACAAGUUUGAUACAAAUGAGAGUCAUGUUCAAGAAUUGAAAAAUUUUUUAUGUGGUCAAAUUUCAUCCAUUAAACAUGUAGAUAAUUUAAGAUCUGCCAAUGGGUUAGCUCGUGUUCUUGCAUUACUUGCAAAAGACUUCAAUUUAGCAAGGGAAAUUUCCAAAUUUCCUAUCCUUGCUAAUUUAAUUCAAAUUUCCAAAACAGAAAGUACAGAUAAAGUAGCUUUAGAAUCUUUGAAAACUAGUGUGGUCCUCAUCAUUAGAUAUUGCUUUGAAUCCAAACAAGUUGUCGAAACUUAUAUGAAACCAGAAAUUCAAAAUAUUUUUGGAAAUAAUUUCAAACAAUCAAAAUAUCUUAAAACAAUAUUGAAAGAUAAUUUAUCAAUGUUAUUUAGGGAUUCUCAAGUAUAUGCAUCUGGUUUAUCUGAAGAAAUUCUCCUAGAAAAAUACGAUGGUAAAAUGAAUAUUACAUUUGGAGACUUACAAGUAAUCAAAGCUAAAAAUGAUAGAAAUUCUACAACUGAUACUGAAAUGUCUGGUGAGGUGAUAAAUGAAUUAAAAUCUGGUGUAAUAAUGAAUGUUUUAUUAUCAGAAUUAAUGGAUGUUGUAAAAUCAGAUUGGGUGUCUGAUCCUAAAAUAUCAGAAGUUGAAAAGAAAAAUAAAAAAGAAGUUGAUUUAUUUGAAAAUUCAAACUUUGCUUAUAUGUGCUUUUUGUUACAAAGUAUAACUGAAUUAGUAGGUUCAUAUAAACAAGCUAAAUUUGAUUUUUUAACUUUUUCAAGAAAACCACAACAAGAUAUAAAACCAAGAUCAACUGCUUUAAAUUUUUUCAUUCAUCAAUUAAUUCCGACACAUCUGUUGGAAAAAUCUGGACCUGAAUAUGAUAGAAGAUGUGCUAUUUCAUCAGUUGCUAAAAUGACUAUAAUGACUUUAAUUUCAUCUCCUUUACUGAAUGUUGAUGAUUCAACCACCACCAAAAAAGAGGAUCCUGAUCUUGCAUUGAUAAGAAGAUUUGUUGCUGAUAUAUUGAUCAAAAUCAUGAAAGAUACUUCACGUUCAAAUUUAUUAGCUGAAGUAAGAUAUGGAAAAUUACUUGACUUAUUUGAAUUAAGUGGAUUAUUAAUUUCAGCAAAAUUUAGGGACGCUAUUGGACCAAUAUUAAACAAAGAUGCUACAAAAUUUGACAUUUUUCAUAUCACAAAAGUUUAUAUUGAAAAACAUUUCCCACAAUUAAUAACUAAUUUAAUUGCAGAAUUUGAUUUGAAUUAUCCAGAAAUUGAUAAAGUUAUAAAGACAGCAAUAAAACCUAUUACUUUAUUAGGUAAGAACAAAAUAGAAUAUCAUGAAUUGUUUAAAGAAGAAAAUCAAGAUGAAAAUGAAGAAGAUGAUAUUGUACCUGAGGAUGAACAUGAAGAUAGAGAGGAAACUCCAGAUUUAUUCCGUAAUUCCACUUUGGGAAUGUACGAUGUUGAUAUUGAUAGUGAAGAAGAAGAAUUUUAUGAAGAUGGACCAUUGGAAGUGCUAAUGUCAGGAGAUGAAAUUGAAAGUGAUGAAUCUUCUGAACUUUCAGCUAUAGAUUCUUCGGGAGAUGAUGAUGAUGAAAGUAUUCUUGAAGAAGACGUUGAUAUGGAUCGAGGUUCAAAUGAUAAUGAAUUUGGAGAAGGUUCUGGUUCAGAUGGAAGUUUAGGUGAUAUUGAAAUUAUUGAUGAGUUAGAUAUUGAUUCUUCAAGUGAUGUUGAUGAGUUUGAUGAUUCAGAUGGAAGAAAUAUUGAUUUAGAUGAUGAAGAUGAAAGUGAAAAUGAAGAGGAUGAUGAUGAAUCCGAAAGUGAUUAUGACGAAGAUGAAUUAGACGGCUGGAUUGAAGCGUUUGAAGAUGGACACAAUGGAAUCGAAGAUGGACCUCGUCCUCGUGUUCACCUGAUUAGCAACGGCCAUGAUUCUCGUCAUUCAUUCCUAAAUGGAUCUAGAGAUUUUAGAUUAGACACUGAAGUUGUUGAUGAUGAUGAAGAAGAUGCUUCUGAAGGUGAAUUUAGUGAUAAUGAAUCAGAACUGAAUGUUGAAUUAAGAAUGGUUACACCUCAUAAUCAUGGACUUAGACGUAUCUUUGAUCAAGCUGGAUUUUCACAAUUAGAAAGGACAUCACCUGCAUUAUCAUUAUUAUUAGAUGGUCUUUUUAGAGAAGGUAAUUUCAGAGGUUCAAUUGAAAUCAGUAAUGAUGAAGGUGUUGGUAGGGGCUCCCAUAGAACUAUUAGUAGAUUAUUUGAAAAUAUGAUGCAUCUUGGACAAGCUGCAAAACAUGCAGAACAUACUCAUAAUCUUCAUAUUAAAUCAACAAAAGAAAGAUGGAUUGAUGCUUUUAAAAUGUUCAAUCCAAAAAAUAAAGAUGAUAUGGUUUUGAGAGUUAUACCUGGAAUUAUUAAUCAAAUUGAAGAAAAAAGUGCCAAAGUUUAUAAUGAAAAAAGAGCUGAAUUGGAAAAUUUAAGAAAAGAAAGAGAUGAAAGAGAAAAGAAAAGAUUGGAAGAAGAACAAAAGAAACGUGAAGAAGAAGCUAAACGUAGAGAAGAAGCUGCUGCAAAUGCUCCGCCAAGAGAUCCAGUUAUGGUAAGAAUUGGAGAUAGAGAUGUUGAUAUCAGUGGAACAGAUAUUGAUCCAGAUUAUAUUGAAGCUUUACCAGAAGAUAUGAGAGAAGAAGUUCUUGCGCUGUAUGUUAGAGAAAGAAGAGCAAAUGCUUCAUCUACAGAAACAGAUGCUAGAGAAAUUGAUCCUGAUUUUUUAAAUGCAUUACCUAGUAGUAUAAGAGAAGAAAUCUUACAACAAGAAUCAUUAGCUAGAAGAUAUGCAGCUUUUGAAGAGAAUGGAAAUGAGUUUGAAGAUGCAAUGGCAGAUCCAGAAGAGAAUGAAGAUGAAGAUGAAGAAAUUGAGGAGUAUGUGGAUAAUAUAAUUCAAUCAAGUGCACCACGAUCUAGACGUAGUAGUGCUGCUGUCACUACUAAUUCUACAGCCAACGAUUCAACCAAAUCUAAAAAGAAAUCAAAUAGCAAGAUAUUUUUCUUACCAUUGGUCGAUAAAAAUGGUAUAGCUGCUUUAAUAAGAUUAUUAUUUUCACCAUUAUCAAUAAAUCAAAGGGAACUGAUUUAUCAUGCCCUUGAAUAUAUGUGUCACAAUAAACAAAGUCGACUUGAAAUUAUGAAUAUAAUGAUUGGUGCAUUAAAUGAUCUUUUCACAAAUAAUAAACUGCUUCAAAAAAUAUAUUCACAACUUUGUUCAAGAGCAUUAGGUGGGAAAGAUGUUAAAAGUAGAGUUCCUUCAAAUUCAACUCCAAUUUCAGUUGGUAUUCAAUUAAUUGAAUCAAUUGAUUAUUUAUUAGAAAGGAAUAUUCAUUUAAGAUAUUAUCUUUUAUCCGAACAUGAAAUUACAUUUUCCGUUAAUAAAAAGGGUAAGAAAUCAAAAGAUAACAAAUACCCAAUUAAUAAUUUAUUAAAAUUAUUAGAAAACAAAUUAAUAGUAGAUGAUCAAUCAUUUUUGGAUAUUUUAGCAAGGGUUUUACAAGUUUCAACUCGUCCAUUACAUUCCUUCAAAAAGAAUGAAGAAAAUAAACAAUCUACACCAUUCCCACUUCCAACAAUACCGCAAGAAUAUUUGAAAUUAAUAGUAAAAAUCUUAACAGGUAAUGAUUGUUCAAAUUCAACUUUUAGAAGAGCCAUUAGUGCUAUGCAAAAUUUAGCUACAUUACCUGAAGCUCUGGAAAUUUUCACAAAAGAAUUAUCAACUCAAGCUAGUACAUUUGGUAAAAAAAUUAUAGUUGAUUUAAAUAAAUUAAGUACAGCAUUAAGUGAAGGAGAAAUAGAAGCUCGACUUUUUUCAAAAUUUAGUGCUCAUUCAUCUGAUCAAGCUAAAUUAUUAAGAAUUUUAACUGCAUUAGAUUAUAUGUUUGAACAUAGAGUUGAAAUUAACAAAAAACAAGAUAAUGAAAUUGAAGAAUUAACAGAAUUAUAUAAAAAUUUAGCACUUGGAAAUUUAUGGGAUGCAUUAAGUGAAUGUUUAAGAAUUUUAGAAAAAAAUUCUCAAUAUCAUAAUGUUGCAAAUGCUUUAUUACCAUUAAUUGAAGCUUUAAUGGUUGUUUGUAAACAUGGAAAAGUUCGAGAAAUUAAAGAUAAUUCUAAAUUUGAAAUUAAAAGAAUUGAUUUUACAAAAGAACCAAUUGAAUCAUUAUUUUUUUCAUUUACUGAUGAACAUAAAAAAAUUCUUAAUCAAAUGGUUAGAACUAAUUCUAAUUUAAUGAGUGGUCCUUUCAGUAUGUUAGUUAAAAAUCCAAAAGUCUUGGAAUUUGAUAAUAAGAAAAAUUAUUUUGAUAGAAAAUUACAUCUUGAUAAAAAGGAAAAUUCAAAAUUAUCAAUAAAUGUUCGUCGUGAUCAAGUAUUUUUAGAUUCUUAUCGUGCAUUAUUUUUCAAACCAAAAGAUGAAUUUAAAAAUUCAAAAUUAGAUAUUAAUUUUAAAGGUGAACAAGGUAUUGAUGCUGGUGGUGUUACAAGAGAAUGGUAUCAAGUUUUAAGUAGACAAAUGUUUAAUCCUGAUUAUGCAUUAUUUACUCCUGUUGUAUCAGAUGAAACUACUUUCCAUCCAAAUAGAACUUCAUAUGUUAAUCCUGAACAUUUAUCAUUUUUUAAAUUUAUUGGAAGAAUUAUUGGUAAAGCAAUAUAUGAUAAUUGCUUUUUGGAUUGUCAUUUUUCAAGAGCUGUUUAUAAAAGAAUAUUGGGUGAACCACAAUCAUUAAAAGAUAUGGAAACUUUAGAUUUAGAUUAUUAUAAAUCAUUAAAUUGGAUGUUAGAAAAUGAUAUAACAGAUAUUAUAACUGAAACAUUUAGUGUUGAAACUGAUGAUUAUGGAGAACAUAAAAUUAUAGAUUUAAUUGAAAAUGGUUCAAAUAUUCCAGUAACUGAAGAAAAUAAACAAGAUUAUGUUCGAAAAGUUGUUGAAUAUAAAUUACAAACAUCAGUUGAAGAACAAAUGGAAAAUUUUUUAAUUGGAUUUCAUGAAAUUAUACCAAAAGAUUUAAUAUCAAUAUUUGAUGAAAAAGAAUUAGAAUUAUUAAUUAGUGGAUUACCAGAUAUUGAUGUUCAUGACUGGCAAACAAAUACAGGAUAUAAUAAUUAUUCCCCAUCGUCAUUACAAAUUCAAUGGUUUUGGAGAGCUGUUAAAUCUUUUGAUAAUGAAGAAAGAGCAAGAUUAUUACAAUUUGCUACUGGAACUUCAAAAGUUCCAUUAAAUGGGUUUAAAGAAUUAAGUGGUGCAAGUGGUACUUGUAAAUUUAGUAUUCAUCGUGAUUAUGGUACAACUGAUAGAUUACCUUCAUCUCAUACAUGUUUUAAUCAAAUUGAUUUACCUGCUUAUGAAAAUUAUGAAACUUUGAGGGGUUCGUUGCUAAUGGCCAUAACAGAAGGUCAUGAAGGUUUUGGAUUAGCCUAA